AUGGAGGAGCGGGAGAGCCAGAAGGCUCGCGACAAACGAUUGCUUCAACUCUUCAAGAACUUGGAUACACGCAACGAGGGACAUCUGGAUCUUGAGGGGCUGAGACGAGGAUUGCAAAGAAUCAAUCAUCCUCUGAAAGACGCCGAACAUUUACUACACGAUAUUCUUGCGGCGGUCGAUACCUCCAAGGAUGGCCUCAUUCAAUAUUCCGAAUUCAAGCAUUUCUUUGAAGGCGCCGAUAGAGAGUUGUGGAGAAUAUUUCAUUCAGUGGAUGUGGAUAAGAAUGGAAAUAUAGACAAAGGAGAACUAAAGGCCGCGUUGAUUCGCGCUGGAAUUGCAGUCGAUCCUAAUCGACUGGAAGAAUUUUUCGAGUCAAUGGAUAAGAAUAACGACGGCGUAAUAUCUUUUGAAGAGUGGAGAGAUUUCUUAAUGUUUAUGCCGAAGGAAGCCACAUUGCACACGAUCUAUUCGUAUUAUCUUUCAACUGUUAGCGUUAAUCCGGAGGGUGAUGUAAAUCUGAGUGAUGAGAUCAAUCUCAAAGGCUUAGGUUACUUUCUUGCCGGAGGUGUCGCCGGGGUAAUAUCUAGAACUGCAACAGCGCCAUUUGAUCGUAUAAGAGUAUACUUGAUAGCCCAGACCGCUCCCAAAGUAAAGCAUGCAGCAGUUGAAGCAGUUAAAAGCGGUGAACCAUUACAGGCAGCAAAAAAAGUAUCAGGACCACUUAGGGAAUCUAUCAGGACAUUGUGGAGAGCCGGUGGCGUGAGAUCAUUCUUUGCAGGGAAUGGAUUAAAUGUUGUGAAGGUGUUGCCUGAGUCUGCAAUCAAGUUUGGCUCGUUUGAGGCAGCAAAAAGGACUCUUGCGAGAUUGGAGGGCGCAGAAGAUGCUAGUCAAAUAUCACCAAUGGCUCGAUUUCUUGCCGGAGGUAUUGGAGGGGUUGUUUCUCAAUUUUCUAUAUACCCCAUAGAUACAUUGAAAUUUCGCAUGCAAUGUGAAACUGUGCAGAAUGGCUCCAUGGGCAACAAGCUAAUAGCAGAAACCUUUCAAAAAACCUGGAAAGCCGGCGGGCCCAGUGCCUUCUACAGAGGUUUAACUCUAGCUCUGGUCGGGAUUUUUCCAUACUCGGCCAUCGACCUCGGUACAUUUGAGUACAUGAAGCGUACCUACAUUAAGCGCAAGGCGAAAAAGUUAAAAUGCAAUGAAAAGGACGUGGAGGUACCGAAUUGGUUGGUUCUUGGAAUCGGAGCCACAAGUGGGAGUGUGGGGGCGACGAGUGUAUAUCCAAUCAAUGUGUUGAGAACGAGACUGCAGGCACAGGGAACAGCGCAGCAUCCCCAGACUUACACUGGUAUGUGGGAUGUUGGGAUGAAAACAUACAAUGCCGAAGGCUUUCGGGGAAUGUUCAGGGGCUUGACGCCGAACCUUCUGAAGGUGAUACCGGCAGUGUCGAUUUCAUACCUUGUAUAUGAGAACUCCAAAACGGCGCUAGGCUUGAGUUGA